GUACCGGAGCACCCGCACCCCUCCUGCCAUUGCAGGAGCUUCGGGCCGCCGCCGGGGUGGGAGGGUACAGCCCCUAACGACCCCCGGGGGGGCUGGUUGGGCGGUGGCUCUCGGGUGACGGAGGACGAAGCGGGUGGCCCGGCCGGCGGAUGCCCCGGUGGCCCCGGCCCAGGUCGCCCGCAUCCCGCCGGGGGGCGGGGCCAGGGCGGGAUGCACCGGUGACAGCGCCGAACGCAGCCGAGUCCAGCCGAACCGAGCCGAACUUCGGCAGGGUCCAGCCGAGUCCAGCCGAACCGAGCCGGACGCAGCCGAGUCCAGCCGAACCGAGCCGGACGCAGCCGAGUCCAGCCGAACCGAACCGAGAGCCCCGGGACCGGCCGCGUUGCCUCAUGGCUGGGAAGAAACUGAUCGUGGUGUUCGGGACGACCGGGGCUCACGGGGGCCACGUGGCCCGGGCUCUGCUGGAAGAUGGGACCUUCAAGGUCCGCGCAGUGACACGGAACCCUGUGAAGAAGAAGGCGAAGGACCUGAAGCAGAAGGGAGCUGAGGUCAUGAAGGCGGAUCAGGACGAUGAGCCAUCCCUGGAGCUGGCCUUGACAGGUGCUUACAGAGCCUUUAUUGUCACCAACUUCAGGGAGCACUGCAGCAAAGAGAAAGAAAUCGCGCAGGGAAAGCGGCUUGCUGACCUGUUGAAGUGCCUCAGUCUGCGCCACGUCUUGUACAGCGGCCUGGAGAACGUGAAGCAGCUGAUGGGGGGGCGGCUGGAGGUGCUGCACUUCGACGGUAAAGGCGUGGUGGAGGAGUACUUCCAGAAAGUUGGUGUCCCCACCUCCAGCAUCCGACUGCCGUUCUACUUCGAGAACUUCCUCUCCAUCUUCAAGCCGCAGAAGGCUGCACAGGGAGAUACCUAUGUCCUGGCACUGCCCAUGGGGGACGCCCCCACGGAUGGGAUGGCGGUGGAGGACGUUGGGCCUGUUGUGGUUUGCCUGCUGAAGUCCCCAGAGCAGUACGUAGGCGGAGUGAUCGGGCUCAGCGCUGGGAAGCUCACCGAGGCAGAGUAUGCCGCUGUCCUCUCCCAGCAGACGGGCAAGACCGUGAAAGCCAGCAAGAUCUCCCCAGAGGAGUACGACAAAGGCGGGCUCCCCGGGGCCAAGGAAAUGGCUGCCAUGUUCUGUUUCUAUGCCCUGAAGCCAGACCGCAACGUGGACCUGACCAUGAAACUCAACCCCAAGGCCCACACCUUCCCUCAGUGGGUGGUGGACAACAAUGCCACUUUCUGACCCGUCCACCUCAGCUUCUGCAGCCGGCACAGGCCGAGGUGAGCCGCGCUGAGCCGUGCUGCCUUUCCUCUCUACCCUGGUGAAAGGCUGACCCUGCGGGAACUGGGAAGAGCUUUGCUCUGUGCGUGCGCUCCAGGGCUCCCCUGCGACUUGGUUGAGCCUGCUUUAGACUAGGACACGAGGAAAGGCUGUACUGCUGCAGGCACGCAGGUGGGAGAAGCACUACUUUUGCAGGGAGGUGUUUGUUUAGUGAUUCUGGGUGUUUUCGCGAUUGUAGGGUGGUGGCGGCUUGUUUUCCCUCUUUCCCAGGCAGCUCUGAGCGUGCAGCACCACUCCGUGGGCUGAACUUGUAGUGCCUCCGGGCCCCAAAGUGCAGAGAAGGCGGUGCUGCUGCUCCAGGUACCCACAGCCAGCGCUGCUGCGGGAUCCUCGGCGAACAGAAACCACUGGGUUUCUCAGUGGGCCGGGUUCAGGCUGCGCAGAUGAGCCGGCGGGCAGAGCAGCGAGACCUUAGCACCACGCUGGCAAAGGGGACUGUGCUGUGAGUUCCUGCACCGUGUAACAUGAAAGCUGAACCUCAUUCCUCAACUCAGCCCGCUCUGGGCUCCCAGAGCUAAUCUCAAUCACUGUCCUUGUGAGCCGAGUAAAACCUCUGCAAGACUGCAAACCAUAGGAUUUAAGGCUUAAAAAGCUCCUUCCCCUGCACUGGUUCACACCACCAUAUCUUAAGGUACUCCUUGGCACCCUGCAA